AUGGAUCUACUUCAUGAUUCCCAAGAGGAUUUGGAAGGCAUGCAAGUUUACGAAAACUGCAAAAUCUCUGAUGGGCAACCCUGCCUCUCCUGUCGCCGAUACGUAGAAUUCGAGAAACAAGUGGUUUCUUUGAAAAUGUCCUUCAUGCAGCAACUCCAGAAGAUGCGAGAUCAGCAGCGUCGCCUCCGCACCAAGAUAAAUCGUGGACACGAUCCCCUCGUUCGUGUACUCCCAUCGGAAGUCAUGGCAAGCGUCUUCGAAUGUUACGUCGACUCGCAGAAUUCUGUCGAGAAAAGUUGCCAACAGGUUUACAACUGCUGUGCUCCAUUGAUUCUUGGAGCCGUUUCUCAAUCGUGGCGCCGUAUCGCGUGGUCCUCUCCUCAGCUCUGGACCCAUAUCAGCAUCAAUCCUAGGGGUUAUGAACAUUGGACCUGCCUGGAAGUGGCACAGGAGUGUCUCAGCAGGUCAGGUCAGCUGCCGCUAUCCAUCGAGGUGUCCCUCUACCACCCAGACCUAAACCACCAAAUUCGCAAUCGUCAAGGGAUAUUUCGUCAAGUCAUUGAUCUCGUCAAUCGAUAUUCAAGUCGCUGGCAAGACCUCAGAGUUAUUUGCAGGUCCGAGAUACUGCCCCUUUUCACUGGAAAUGCACAAGGAACACCUAUCAUCCGAAAACUUCUCUUAGAAUAUCCCUUCGACACUUAUAAUCGGGUGGAAGGUGAUGCCAAAUUCAAGGUUGAAGGCUUGAAACCACGACCUACGCAUGUCUCGCUGUCAAAUUUUGGGUUCCAGUCAUUGGAUAUCGAUUGGCUUCGAGUCACCAAUGUACAGUUUCACAAGACCAAGAUCACCCUUGACCAGUUUUUCCAGCUUUUACAACAAGCCCCUGAGUUGAUGGACUGUCAACUCUCGUGUAUCUCCGAUUCGGAGCGAUCAUUCAGAUAUCCCAUGAACGAAAUUCCCAUCGUACACCACGCACUCAGGUCCCUCGAAAUUGGGAAAUAUCAAGGCAAAGAACUGGGCCUCUUUUUCUCAUUCCCUGAAUUAACACAUCUUACAAUCGAACACAUAACCGAUCCCGAGUCCAGAGUGCUUUUGAACUCCAUCGUGCCCCUCAUCGAAAGAUCUUCAUGCCAGCUAACGUACCUGCGGCUUCACAAUGUGCUCUGCAACCGCGAAUCAUUCAUCGGGCUGUUACGAACGACACCGUCUCUUCACCGAUUAGAGUUGUCUAUCUGCAAAGCAAGCCUUGAUGUCUUACAAUUCCUGGCUGAUACGUCCGUGGCACAAUUCAGUGGAGAAGAUGCCUGUCACCAGAAUUCAUUUCUUCCCAACCUCCAAUCCAUUCAUUACUCCGACGUUCGCCCUGUAUGGGAUCCUGCAUUCUGGGCACUGAUCCCCACCAUCCCUGGUUUACCAUCAGAAUUCCACAAUCCCCAAAGGCGGCCCCUUACGAAGGUAGAAUUCGCCUGUCGUCAGGCUCGUUGGAGUGACCCUAAACCACUAUCCAUGGUUUGCAAGGAUCAAAAUGUCGUUGCUCGUUUUAUAGAGCUUAUGAAACUAGGGAUUUCUUUUCACCUCACACACGCCAAUGUCGACAUGCUCAAGAAUUCGAUAAUACAUCAUGGAUUCGACAUUCAUGAAGCGGUGGAAUAA